GAGAGGAGGCAGGGUGCCAAUUUUCUGUUGACCGCCAGCAUUUCAUCUACUAGUAUUCUAUCCAAUCGAAUUAGAUUGGCUACCGGUACGCUCAUAUGUGACUUGUUUAUUUUUUGGUUCACUUUAAGAUCUACGCAAUCACGGUGCUCACUUUUGCGAUAUAUAUAGUAGACAAACGCAUGUCACCAGUUAAGCUCGAGCGGAUGGGAAAGUGACAAAAGUAGACGGCAAUAGUCAUGUGAUCAAAGUUUAUGAUACAUGCGAUCGCAUAAAGACAAUAGACAAAUGAACGCCAUCGGAUAACAGUCCCAGCCUCAAGCGAGUCUUCGUGGAUGCAGCGCGUCUGACAGAGCCCCGCUCUGCCCUCUAUCUCGAGAAUGGCCAGAUUCACUCAGACUGAAACAAGAAGGCAGCAGCAGCAGCAGCAUCCUCCUCCUCCUCUUCCUCCUCCUCCUCAGCAGCAUCCCGCUCCACACUCCUCCAGCCUGCUCCUCAACGGACCGAGCCCGGCACCACUGCUCCUGAUCCCGCACCACCAGCCCCAGUACCAGCACCAGUACGCCCAGAUCCCACUGCCCAAACCCAUGAACGGCUCGGAACCCAUUUCACUUCAUCCGGAGAGCGGCGCCAUGAAGGACCAGGAUGCCAUUAAGCUGUUUAUCGGGCAGAUACCGCGGAACUUGGAGGAGAAGGACCUGAAGCCUCUCUUUGAACAGUUUGGGAAGAUCCACGAACUGACAGUUCUCAAGGACCGCUACACCGGCAUGCACAAAGGUUGCGCGUUCCUCACCUAUUGCGCCCGAGAGUCCGCCAUCAAAGCCCAGAACGCCCUCCACGAACAGAAAACACUGCCAGGGAUGACUCGCCCCAUCCAGGUUAAGCCAGCUGACAGCGAGAGCCGUGGAGAGGACAGGAAGUUGUUCGUGGGGAUGCUGAAUAAACAACAGACCGAGGAGGACGUCUACCGCCUAUUCGAACCCUACGGAGUCAUCGAGGAGUGCACGGUCCUAAGAGGUCCUGACGGCAACAGCAAAGGUUGCGCCUUUGUCAAGUUCUCCACACACACUGAGGCUCAGUCAGCAAUUGGCGCCCUACAUGGAAGUCAGACAAUGCCAGGAGCCUCCUCCAGCCUGGUGGUCAAGUUCGCCGACACAGACAAAGAGCGCACCAUCAGACGCAUGCAGCAGAUGGUCGGCCAGUUUGGCAUCUUCAACCCCGCCAUCGCCCUUCCCUUCAGCACCUACAGCUCUUACGCACAUGCGCUCAUGCAGCAGCAGGCGGCCAUCAUGGCGGCAAGCCAUGGCGGUUACCUGACGCCGAGUGUGGCUGCCUUUCCCGCCACGCAGAUCCACCAGAUGGGGGCGCUCAACAUCAACAGCCUGCCACCCACCCCCAUGACCCCGGUGUCGGGUGAGUUUCAUCAAGCCUUGGGCCUAAGUUCUCCACCAGCCAACAUCACCACUUCCGCCGUGCCCAGCAUCGUCACUCCCAUCGUCAACGGAUUCACCGGCAUCCCUCAUCAGCCCAACGGACACCCUGCCGUGGAGACGGUCUACACCAAUGGCCUUCCGCCUUACUCCACUCAGAGCCCUACCGCCGCUGACACCCUGCAGCAAGCCUUCACCGGGGUACAGCAAUACACAGCUAUCUACCCGGCCACCACGCUGACUCCCAUUGGUCAGACGCUGCCCCAAGCGCCCCAGGUCAUCCAGCAGCAGCAACAGCAGCAGAGAGAAGGUGAGGGUCCGGAGGGCUGUAACCUGUUCAUCUACCACCUGCCACAGGAGUUUGGGGAUAAUGAACUCAUGCAGAUGUUUCUGCCCUUCGGCACUGUCAUCUCAUCCAAGGUGUUCAUGGACCGGGCGACCAACCAGAGCAAGUGUUUCGGCUUCGUGAGCUUCGAUAACCCCGCCAGUGCGCAAGCAGCUAUUCAAGCCAUGAACGGCUUUCAGAUUGGCAUGAAGAGGUUGAAAGUUCAGCUAAAGAGACCGAAGGAUGCCAGCCGCCCUUACUGACACAGCCUACCUUUAGUAUUCACCGCAGCAGCAGCAGCAGCACAGGUUUUAGACGACACGUGAAGAUAUUUCGGAGGGGCUUAUCUCUUCUUUUUUUUUUCCUCGGAAAGCAACAUAUGUUUUUAAGAAAAAAAAAAUCAACACGUAAGGAUUUUUUGGGGGGGAAGACAUAUCAGCAUUUACUUAUGAAGACGUAAGUUGCGGCGGCACGAGAUGAGGAGACGCGUCGCCGGGGGACGCGAACAGAUGGCACAGUACGAGAAAGGAAAGGAAGAAAAAAAAACUGGGGGAAAAUGAAACAAAAAGACUUGAUCAACAGAACUUUUUUUUCUUGUUGAGACUUGAAUUGUUAACGAAGCAACAAACUAACAAACAGGAAAAAGCAGCAACGACAAAUAGAUUUCUAUAUACAUAUUCUAUACACAUAUAUAUAAAUGAGAGAUGCGCUUGUGGCUUUUGCUGCUCCUUGGACAAAUGAGGGUUCACAAAAGGCGAAGACGGGAGGCGGAAAGAGCCUCUUUCUCCUUCUCCCUCUGUUUCUCGUGACGUCUCGCAGCAAGCGCAGCGCCACCGGCCCUGGAGGAGGUCACCGAGGUUUCUGUUAGCGACAGUACAACUGAGAAUCUUUCAGCCUAAAACGGGACCAAAGGACCAAACACAUUUGUAUUGUUCUGAAACAGUAACGCAUAGUAUUCCUUCAUGAGACUACAGUACUACAAAUGAUAUUAUGGAAAAAACUAGCUUCAGGUUGAAAGAAAGAAAAAAAAGAGGGAAGGUUUUUUUCACUACGUAUGGGUUGGAGAAUAUUAAAAGAAAAUGUGAAAAAAAAUAAGCUAUACUAUUUUAGUGAUGUAGAAUAUGUGGGAUGGGUAUUGUUAUGGGCACGGGUUCAUCUUCAUCGUUCAUCUCAUCACAGAAAAAACAUUGUGAAAAUGACAUUAUAAAUGCCAUAUUGUUAUCGGGGAAAUUUCCAAAUUUGUACAAACUUGCUGUUUUGAAAAGGCAAAAACCUGCUGCGUAACUAAUUGUACAGCAAACAGUGAAAGCAAGGCUUCUUAAACAUUUUUCACAAAGUACCAGGUCCCACUAUAAAGACCAACAUUAAAAUAAGCAAAGUAACACAACAUGCUCAAAUAUAGAACAGUUUUUUCCAAAGUGAUUACAUUACAUAAAUGUGAGCCAUAAUCUCCGACACUAAACACUUGGUUAAAACCUUUUAAAAUGAGAAAGAAAAAAAAAAACGAUUCAUAAAGAUUUAAUGCAACUCGAAAGCCCCUUUCACACACAUAUCCUGGUAAAUUCUCAUAUAAGGUGAUGCAGGAUUUACUCGCGUCAUUGCUUUCACGCAAGGAGAGAUACCCUGGGAAUGACGCAGGAUGGACACAUUCACAUACUUGUCCCGUGUUGCCCACUCAGCGCUCUCUGUGCGGGGAGGGAUGCUGGCGCGAUUUUAUAACUCCUAUAUUACGGUAUGUUCUUUUUGGUCGGCAUCAGCUGUCACAUUCUGUUGGUCAGAUUGUGUUUUUAGUUACAGUUUGUGGAAGCGUUCCCGCUGUCGUGCCUGCAGCCAAAUCGAGCUCAUCAAGACUGUAUUUAAGCCCAGGCCAUCCAAGAGAAGGGUGCCGAGAUAUUAACUUGCUAGGCACCAUUCGGCACCUCGUACUUUCGAAUUUGCUAGCUUGUUCGUCUGCCGCCUUUGUUUUGGAAUCCCCUACAUUGUGCUGGUAUUUGAGUGUAUUUGUUUUGUUGUCUUAACUCAUUCACUCCCAGCCAUUUUCACCAGAGCAGGGCCCUUCACUCCCGGCCGUUUUACUGGAUUUUGACUGAUUUUGCAAGGCCCACAGAAAAUUCUGUUCUAUUGCUAUAUAAACAUGGAACCCACCAAAAGAAAGAAAAGACUCUCGUCUUUCAGCAGGGAAAAAAAGUUAGUUCAUCAUUUUCCAUUCUUUAGAAAUCAGCAUUAGAAAAUAGCUUAGUUUGAGCAAUUUUCCAAUUUCUGAUAAAAAAAACAGAAAUUGAACUUUUUGUGAAAGCAUACAUUUCAAACAUAACUUUGACUUUAACACAGCUAUUUUUUGCUUUAGUUACAUACCAAACAUCUGAAUAAUGUUUUCCAAAAUAACAUAAACAACAAGACAAAUAGAGCUUUUGAUAGCGAAAUAUAAAUAAAUACAUUUAUUCACACAUUACUAACAGAGAUGACGCUGUUAUGGCCGUAACAGUCGGUUAAACUUUUCCCUCAUCGCCGCCUGUCUCAUAAAGAUUUUUUUUGAGUCUCUGCGGGGUCUGCUCGGCGAGCAGCACGGACUCAACUACAUCGUCCGCUGCACUGGUGGUCCCAGUCGUUCUGCUCGGUCGUCCAGCGCCUGGCAUGCCGGGCGUCCUCUCGGUUGUUCUGCUCGGUAGUCCGCCGCCUGGCAUCCUCCCGCCGGCGCCCCGGCCGUGCGGCCAGCCUGUUCGUUGCCGUUGAAUCGGGUUGCCAAAUGCGCUACUGUGGCCAGUUUUCUUGCUUUAAAAUGGAUUUUUAGCUUUGUGCUUUGGAGCUCAGUUGAAUCAGAACCGAGAGAUGUCUCUUAUGGAAAAAAAUGUAAAAGACGUAUAAAUAUGUCUUUGGGACACCGAAACAAUUAAAAAUAGAACGUUUUGGGGAGCAAAUGAGUUAAUGGCUGUCUGCCUACCGAUUAUUAUAAUUAUAUUAUUGAGCCCCAUCGACCUACUGUCACGGACCCUUUGUGUUAUUCCCCCAAUUCCGCAAUCGCGUGUAUUUUUGUUUGUAUUUAAUAAACCCUAGUACUCAUUUCUCCUUUGUUUUUUGCCUUGGGGUACAACCUUGUUUCCGCAGUUGCGGACCCUAGUAUCAGCAACAAAAUAUACCACACAUUUCCAAAGAUCGAUCGGCCCAACGAUCCACUAGCAAUUUAAUUUAGUUAUGUUUUCAGUGUAAUUUAGCUAUUUCCAGCUUGCUAUUUUGAUAAUUGUGAUGUUUAUUUACCGCUUAUCCUCUUACUGCUGUUGAAAUUCGCCCCACCCGGCCAAGACGCACGGAAACAGCGACAGCCAAAACAAGUGCCGCUCGGCCGAUGCUGCCCCCGCGCGCGCCAACCGGGAAGGCAGAACUUCGCGCGAUCUCUUCUUAUUUUUAACCCUUUGUACUGACUCCAUGUUUCAAAAGUUUGAGGAACACUCACCAAAAACAGGUUGACAAUUUAUUCGUCGACAGUGGUCAAAAACAUGGCAAAAACAGACGACGGAGGGACAAUUCUGGAUCCAAAACAAGGCUACAUGUUUCCGAGCAGCAAAAAUCUGUGUUAUCUCAGUGUCCAGUCUUUUUAAAGUCCGUGCUGAAGCGGGCCGUGCUGAAGGUGUGUCCGAAGGUGUGUCUGGGCGUUGCUUUUGGGUCUUCCCCUCUGUGGCUGGUUUUGGGCGGCUUAGGUUCGUGCGCGGAUGGGACGCCUGCUAUCAACUUUGUUGUCCGGGCUGGCUUGUACUUGUUUUAGGACAAAGCGCUUUGUCCUUGGAGUUUGCUGGGAGAGCUGAUUGCAAGAGUUGGUGCGUCAAUCUUGUUUGUGACGCACGCAGAGGUGUAUGUGAAAGGGGCUUGAGUAAAAUGCAAGUGAACCAUAUUUGGAGAGUAAUUCUUCCACGAGAGGUAAUCCAUUUACCACAAUUGCUGCUCGUACUGCACUUUGACUCCCUCCCCGUUAUCCCUAAAGAUCAAAAUGGCUUUUGCGACAGGUCACUUCAUUUCCCUUGAAACAAAUCGCUAAAAAUACUUUUCUCAUUUCAGUGAACAAACCACCGUGACACAAAACUAUCACUCAAAAAACACACCGCAUUUGUACUUUGCUACUUCCCAAGAGCAAUAUUGUGGCUACUCUUCAACUUCAUCCUUCACACAUUUCCCCUCUUUUCCUUCCUUUCGUUGCAUCAUUAAAGUCUUUGCUUUCCAGCUAAUCUGACCGUAAAGCAGCGUGCUAAAAGAGCCAUCCGGCUGAGACGCACGUGCGCUGCACUAAAACAGCACAGUGUCUGUAACGGCUUCAUAAAAUAUACAAAUGAGCGUGACAGUGGUUGUAAACAUCACGGCCAGCGUGGAGCCAAGGCAGCUCCUGCACGGGUCGCGCCCUCUCCCGCUGCCAAGCCUCUCCAGCUGCUCACGGCAGGGAGAGCGUCCUCCCCUGUCGCCUCGCCUCCUGGUGCCAGCAUAUCUCUCUCUCUUAAUAGGAGCCAUCAGUUCCCAGAGCUGCAUAAUGAGGAUGAUGGUAAUAUUGAUCCAAUGGGAAGGGGGGUGAAAUAUGCGCAAUCAAUUAUGAAUUUGGCUUGCUGGAGUUCACAUUUUGCUCAUGAUCAGUGGAUGCAGUUUUCUUUUCUGUCGUGUAUCGCGAUAUACUCCUCCAAGUCACUAAUCUGGCUUGUCAGUGGUUGACUUUGGAAAGAAGUACAGAAAGUGUUUGGAAGAAGGUAAAAAGUCUUGUCACUUGGAUAGGACUUGCCUUUAUUGAGCCAAGGCAAAUAUUUUACCGUAUUUUUCGGACUACAAGUCGCACUUGAGUAUAAGUCGCACCAGCCAUAACAUGCCCAACGAAGAGAAAAAAUAUAUAUACAAGUCACACCGGAGUAUAAGUCGCAUUUUUGGGGGAAAUUUACUUGAUAAAAUCCAACACAUAGAACAGACAUAUCAUCUUGAAAGGCAAUUUAAUAUAAAAAUACAAUACUGAACAACAUGCUGAAUAAGUGUACAGUGUACAGUGCCUGAACAACGAAAUGCGAAUGUACUGUCCUCACCAGAACGCUACGGCUCGUUCCUGGCUAUUCAGCGGGCUAAACUCCCAAAUGACGAUGCUGGACAUCCGUAUAAUUUGCUGGAUCAAUUUUGUCCUCGAUACCAAACAGGUUCGCAUCGACGUAAAUAAAUGAUAAUUAGGUGCUUUUACAGCAAUAACAUGACACAAACGGUUAGCAAGCGUUUGCUAGCAUUAGCACAUCAUUCAAACAACCACACAACUGGCUCUAAGUGUCCGAUCGCGGGUGGAAAACACACAACAACAAGAGAAAAGAUGAUACACACAGGUGUUGCCUCUGUAGCGAUAUUUCACAAGCAUAAACAAUGAACGUAGGUUCGCAGCCGUUUCUCUCUCGCUAACUCGCCCACUCACUCAGAGCUACGUACUGUAGCUGUCGGUCUUCUUCUGGCGUGUGAGCGCGCUUCUUCACGUAAACAAGUGCGAGUGCGCCCCCACGUGGGCGUGAAAGCGCCACAAACUAAAAGCAUACAUUUCAAUUUAAAAAAGUCAAUACUACAAUUGAACACACAUUGCCAAAGGUAGAACGCGAACGUGGCCAUAGCUAGUAAGUUAUUCAGAUAACUAUAGCAUAAAGAACAUGCUAAGAAGUUUACCAAACCAUCAGUGUCACUCCAAAACACAAAAAUAACAUGUGAAAUGAUAUCAUAAUGUGUUUAUAAUUUCACACAUAAGUCGCUCCUGAGUAUAAAUCGCACCCCCAGCCAAACUAUGAAAAAAACUGCGACUUAUAGUCCGAAAAAUACGGUACAUUGGGAAAAAUCUCACAGUACAGCACCAAAAAUACAUCACAAAAAGUGUCUGCAAAAAGGCGUAAUAAUCUCUUAUUCUGUGGUAUCAAUAAUAACAAGUUACGCAGGCUUUUGCCAGUUCUUGGGUUUGGGGUUCGAGUCUCGGCUGCAGCAUUUCUGGGAGUACACACCUCUAUCUCAAAUCACUUCCUCAAUGAAAUUGAUAAAUGGUAAAUGGUGUUGUACUUGUAUAGCGCUUUUCAACCUUUUUCAAGGUGUUUAAAGCGCUUUACACUACAUUGCCAUCUACCUACUGGUGAAAAAUGAAAUUAAUACCCUCCCGCCAGUUUUUUUUAAACAUUUUUUUCCAAAGAAAUAUUGCACUCAACAGUAUUGUUUUAUAUAUAAAAACAUACUAAUAGUAUUUGGUCUCCACAUAACCUGCAAGUACAGAAAAUGUGAGCACAAAACACUAAAACUUUACCUUGUUCUAUUUCUUCUGUGGUGUCUAUUUGGAGUUGCCAAACCUGAGUGGUGCAUUACUGCCACCAACUGUUCAAAGUGAGGAAACCAAUGUGAAUCUAUAGUGGCUGGAAAUUUUGAAGUAUGUUGCCGCCAUCUAGUAGCAAGGGUGUAAAGUACAAGUGUAUUGUCUCGAAAAACUCUCAAGUCAAGGCACUCAUAUGUCAAGGCACCAUAGUACAGUAAACCAAACAUCUCCCACAUUCUAAUAACAUGUUUGGGUCAUGUAAGACAAGACCUUUUGAUACAAUUGCUCUGAUCAAAGAAUGGUGACAGAUUCAUUACUGCCUACCUACAGUCCCUGACAAAAGUCUUGUCGUUUAUCCAUUUUGUAGAAACAUUUGCUAAUAACCUGAUUUUUAAUUAUUCAAUUGGUUUCAGAAAUGGCUCGUAUGAAAGCGAAGACC